GACUCCGCUCGCCGGCUCCCGUUAAACAGAGAGGGGAUUGUUAGAGACCGGACGAGCGCUGGCUUCAUUGCGCUCGCCAACUUUCUCAUAACCGGACUUAUUUAAUAUGGCCCUUAAAAAUGACAGGGUUUAAUAUCACGCAAGACACUUAUAAUGAACAUGCAUUAAAUUUUUCUUCUUCUUGAGGUGGACUCUUCAUUUUAAAGUUAAUUGGUUUUCCACCGCAUCGCCGAAUAAGAAAUUCUAAAUGUUACACCUGUUCGCCUGGAGCAGAAAGGCAGCUCUUUAAUACUGCGCUUAAUAGUGACUGUGUAUGGACACAAUGCAAAAAGUAUCUGGACCCAUAUGCCGAGGUAGUUUUGAGCGCAUGUGGAUUGGAGGCGAAAUGAAGCCUGAAUCUUAGGAAGCGGAGGGUCUGAUCGCUUGGAUAAUCGUACCAGAAAUGUUUCUGGUCCCAGUUUUUUGGUUUUUAUCCGGGACUAUCGCGGCGCCCUCGCUCACGGCAGAGCAGAUGAACCUGGGGGUGGACUGGUUGAGCAAGUUUGGGUACCUCCCACCCCCAGACCCUGUAACAGGACAGCUGCAGACCAAGGAUGCUCUGACCAAAGCUAUAAAAGCCAUGCAGAAGUAUGGUGGCCUGAAGGAGACAGGGGAGCUAGAUGAAGAGACCCUGGUCCUGAUGAAGACACCGCGCUGCUCUCUACCUGACCUUUCGCAGUCAGAGUCACCUCUGAGGCGGCGGAGACGCGCACUACCAUCUCAGACCAAGUGGAGCAAGAGGCACCUGUCUUGGAGGAUCCGCACUUUCCCAAAGGAGUCUCACCUGCUGGGGAGGGACACAGUGCGAGCCCUGAUGUACUAUGCCCUGAAGGUGUGGAGCGACAUCGCGCCUCUCGACUUCCACGAGGUGGCGGGCAACCAGGCAGACAUACAGAUCGACUUCACGAAGGCCGACCACAAUGAUGGGUACCCCUUCGAUGGACCCGGAGGCACCGUGGCGCACGCCUUCUAUCCAGGGGACCGUGUCACUGCCGGGGACUCCCACUUCGACGAUGACGAGGCCUGGACUUUCAGGUCACCAGACUCCUUCGGGAUGGACCUGUUUGCGGUGGCCGUGCAUGAGUUUGGACAUGCCAUCGGCCUGGCUCACGCCUCCGCCAUGGCAUCUAUCAUGCGGCCAUACUACCAGGGCCCUGUGGGCGACCCGCUCAAGUACAGCCUCCCCUACGAGGAUAAAGUCCGCGUCUGGCAGCUUUACGGGGUGCGGGAUUCUGUGUCCCACACCAUUCAACCCGAAAUCUCCCAUGGCACCGAUCCCCCUAUACUGCUGGACCUCCCGGAAAACCGGUCAACAAUACUGCUGGUUCAUGAUGCCCCAAAGAGAUGUAACACUCAUUUUGAUGCAAUGGCCCAGAUCCGUGGCGAGGCCUUCUUCUUUAAAGGGAUUUAUUUCUGGCGUCUAACAAGGGAGAAGCAGCUGGUGUCCCUUCAUCCAGUUCAUCUCCACCGGUUCUGGAAGGGUCUGCCCGAUAGUCUGGACAGCGUGGAUGCCGUGUAUGAAAGGCCAGGGGACCACAAGAUUGUCUUCUUCAAAGGGUUAAACUACUGGGUUUUCAAAGACAACAACGUGGAGGAGGGCUAUCCCCGACCAAUCAGUGACUUUGGCUUACCGAUGGAGGGUGUGGAUGCUGCCUUUGUCUGGCCACACAAUGACAAGACCUACUUCUUCAAGGGUGACCAAUACUGGCGCUAUGACGACUACCUGCAUCGGAUGGACCUCGGCUACCCCAAGGACAGCGUGCUGUGGAAGGGGAUCCCAGCACAGCUGGAUGAUGCGAUGCGCUGGUCCGAUGGAGCCUCCUACUUCUUCAAGGGGGCAGAGUAUUGGCGCGUGCGGGGCAGCGACAUGGAGGUAGAGGCCGGCUACCCACGGCCCAUCGGCAAAGACUGGCUGCUCUGCGUGGACAUGCUGUCGAACUCUCCAACCCUGGAGGCCAAUGGCACAGAGACCCACUUGCGUGGGCAGCACCGCGCCAGCCACGCGGGAAGCAAUUACGAGGUGUGCUCCUGCACCUCCGACUCGGCCGCCCCACUUUGGCCCCGCGUAUCACUCCCUCCGUUCGGGCUUUUGGUUUCCCUCUGGAUAUUUCCUGUGGCCCUCUCUGCACCACCGUGACCAUGUGACACAUACAUUAAUGACACACCAACCUGCAGAACCUCUCCUUUUUUCGGCUCACUUUCAUUCCCUGUUCGGCGAUUCUGACUCGCAUCUCGCCAUCGCCUGCAGUGUGGACAGUGGGAAUAAGAACGUUUUUGUAACGAGUGUCAGUUGAGGCUUGUUAGUUGGUUAACAGUUGUGUUACUGUACCAAUUGAGUCUUGCCGGUGUGUGUAGAUAAGGGGGAGAUGUGACAGUUUGUGUCCUUUGAGGCUGUCACAGUUAUACCCAGGUUAGGCUCAGAAGAACAUAUACCACUUAAUAAGGAUUUCUGUCUAUUUUCUUUAAACAAAGAAUUUUUGAUUAUGUUAUCAGACAAACCAACUUUUAUUGUCCAUCUUGGGGUAGUGUCUGUAUAUUUUGUGUUUUCAGUUGUAUAUUGUGCAUAGCCUGUCAGCACUCUUAGUUAAGACAUAAAAGUGGUCUAGUUGUUUCUAAUUAACACAGGCUUACAGUCAUGUCAUGACAGGGAAAGUGUGUAAUAUAUUCUCACAAUACCUAUAUAAAUGCCUGUCUGCAGUGUCCCAAUGCUUGUUAAACUGGUCCAGGUCAGUGGGAGCGUUUGUUAUUUCCUGAGAAAUUCAUCUUGCUUUUUUUAUCUUUAACUGUACUGCAUAUGAAUUUGACGCCAAUGUUCAAUACUGAAAAAACACUGAAGUUGUUCUAAAGGCCUGUUAUACGAAAUAUGUCUAUAUUUAUGAGAAAUGAGA